UUUAUUAUUGACUGCUUUUGACACGUGCAUAAGCUUUGUGCUUCGAAUGUGCAUGAGCUUUCAAGCCCGCUUAUUACGUAUAUGUUCUCUCCAUCAUCCAGUCCAAACCUAAAAUAUCAAACCUGUCGUUACCACAUGUGUUUGUGUCUUCCGCUCCCGCAUGCUCCGUUCCGUAUACCUGGAGUAGUCUUUGCCUGUCUAUGAUUUUUGCAGCCACAUGACGCCGUGAAUGCCUACGCGCUGUAGCUUUCAGUGAAGAUGGCGGAUGGUGGUUUAGAACCGGAGCCCGAUUGGGCCGAUCAGCUAUUGCACACCGUCGAAGACACAUUUCUAGUUAUGGAUAGUUUGCAAGCUACACUACAGCGACUCGAAUUUGAUCUUCGUCAGAAAGACAUUUCGGAAAACUCGUCCACCGAGUACUGCAAUAACUUCUGUCAGGUGCUGAUGCACUAUGCUGGGAGCAGGAACUCCGUGGAGCAUGGUUUGCCACUGUUGGAGGUUUACUGUCUGUCCAUCAACUGCUUUGCUGCUACAAGACCACAUCUGACUUCUGAGUCGGACAGUGUGGCCCUCGUGUUGAAGCGACUAGCAUUAAGUUGCUUUGAGCUGCUGUUGUCUGUUCCUGUAAGUGAUGUCCCUUACAAUACAUGGAUGCAGUUCCACCACUCUGUACAGGUGGCCCAUGAUUCCUUGUUGCAGUACGGGAGCACAGACCUGCAGGCUCUGCUCCAGAUCACACAGGCAGGGGGGCCGUGGAACCUCCCAAUCCUCAUUGACCUCCUUACUGGCCAGCCAACGGAUACUGAGGAGCUCUGUGCCUUCAUUGCCUUAGAAGGAGAAGGUUUCAUGGAAAUGAGAAUCAAACAUCUAGAGAAACUUGGAGAAUUGGAGAAGGCUUUGGUUCUGCUCAAAGCCUGUGCGAACUGCACCCUCCUCACCAAUUACACCGGCUUCCGGCAAUCCUUUGUGUCCCAGCUUUGCAAAAUGCUUCCUAAUGAUGAUGCCAUUUUGGAGAUCUCCAGACUCGAUGGCAAAGAUGUGCUUGAUAUUAUUUGUAAUAUGGAGACAGAAGGGGAUGAAAAUUCUGCCUACAUUCUGUGCACCACCUACCUUACGCGGCAACUGCAGGAAGAGAGCCUUUACUGUUCUUGGGAACUUACCCUUUUGUGGAGUAAGCUACAAAGAAGAAUAGAUCCUCCAUUGGAAGCAUUUCUUGACCGUUGUCUGCAGUUUGGUGCCAUUACCAAAACGGCCUACCAUCUGCUCUUCCUGAUCCAGGUCGUCCAGACUGAGGCGUUACAGCUUGGUCUGCCAGUAUCAGUUGAACUAUGUGUCAAAGCUCUUCAACUCCCAAGUCAGGAAGACACAGACACAAGGACUGCUGUGUGCAAGACUGUAGCGUGUCUCCUGUCAGAAGAUCUGGAGGUACUCAGGGCUUGUCAGCUGACAGAGUUUUUACUAAGGCCCUCUCAGGACUCGCUUGCAUCACUUGAGGAGCUCUACCAGCAGCCUGAUCAGAAAUAUGACGAGGAGAAUGGCAUAAUUCCAAACUCGCUGCGCUGUGAGCUGCUUCUUGCACUCAAAGCAAUUUGGCCUUUUGAUCCUGAGUUCUGGGACUGGAAAACUAUCAAACAUCACUGCAACGGGCUACUGGGGCUUGAGCCUGAGGAGGAGGAAACCGCACAAGAGUUGGAUCUCAUGCUAGCAGCAAAAGACUUUAAUGAGAAGGAGGAGGACGGAAAUCAACAAGAUGAAAGGAAAAUAAAGGAUUUGGAGAGAGAAGCUGUGGAAAAAUGUGAAACAAAUGUGCCAGGGAUCAGCAGCAUUGGCCACAAAGAUGAUAACCAAGAGGAAGAAAACAUAAAAACAAAAGAGGGUCUGAGAUCACCUUCAAAGAAGAAGACGGGCAUGUCAGAGAGGAGUCUGCGAUGGCAGAAGUACAAGUUCUGUUGCCAGAUAUGCAAAAAAGAGGUGAUUGAGGCCAGAUUCCUCCACCAUUCCAAAAAACACGAAGAGAACGGGGUGUUCACCUGCCCUGUGUGUCUUCAGAAGUUCCAAGGAAAGCAGGAGUUUUCUCCCCAUAUCAGCAUGCACACACAAAUGCCAACCCGUGGACGACCUCCCCAGAAGAAGAAAAAAGUGAAAAAGAAGGUGGAUUGGGAAAAAGAAAUGGAUGAUGACGAAACUGAUGACUUGGAACCUGGUGAGAUUGCAUUAGACCCAUCUUUAAGAAUGUAUUAUGAGUCUACACAUGACCCUGAUGUGCUGGAUCACAUUUUGGAGCAAGAGGCAGCUGUGCCUAGAAAACAAGCUGACCAGGAUUACAUCACUUUUGACUACAUCAACACUCACUUUGCAUUCCAGGACCGUGAGGUAUACACAUGCCCUGCAACGAACUGUUCAAAGAACUUCAAGCUCGUUAAGUACUUGAAUGUGCACCUGAAAGAGCAUAGCGAUAGGGACCCGAAUGUAAAGCACUAUUUGGAAAUGAAAGUCAAACGGGAGAAGUGCAGUUUCUGCCGCAAGCACUUCAUGACUGCCUACCACCACCGUAAGCAUAGACGAGUCCAUUUUGGAGAUCAGCCAUACACGUGUAUAGUUACCGGUUGUGAAGCUCGAUUCAGUGCCAUCAAUAAACUUGUUGAGCACAAGCAAAGCCAUGGCUUCCAGCUGAGAUACCAGUGUGAACUUAAAGGAUGCAGUGUCUCCUUUUCUGAUCUUGGACAACUUUACCAUCAUGAAGCCCAGCACUUCCGUAACGCCGCUUACAACUGCACCAGUCCGGGAUGCAAGAAGUUCUACUACUCACGCAAAGAGUUCCUGAAGCACUUAGCCACACAUGGCAUCACAUUCACUGAGGAUAAUUUUGAGAUGCAGAGAGAACGACAGCGUCACCUUGGGGAUGCUAUUUUAGAAGAGGAAACCACCCCCAAAAUGCCUUGCAACUCAAAUGCUGAGUCACCAGAAGUCGUCAAUGGUUUACGGAAAGACACCUCUUCCCCAUCGGCUUGCUCCUCGUCCUCAUGUCCGUAUGUGGACAACACGGAUUUUAAGGGCUCUGUGACAAAUGUUGCUGUGUGUUUCGAUGGGAAGAAAUUCACCUGCGGUUUUGAGAAAUGUCGCAAGACCUUUUCUAAAACUAAAGACAUCCAGAGGCACCUUAAAUGUGUUCACCCAGAACAGGUGAAGGUGGAAAAAAAGGGAAACAAGAAAAUGGACAAAGACAAAGACAAAGAAAAGGGCUUAAAGAAUGACAUAAAGACUGAAAAAGGUGGUCAAGAUGUGAGUUUAACAUCAGUAAGCCCACAGCCUAGCCAUGAAAAAGAUAUCCCAUGCACCCAAAUGUGUGCUGAUCCCAGCACUACCUCUACAAAUCCUGCCCCAAAAGACUCUUUGACAGACAUUUUGCUAAGCCUUAGUCAGCUUAGCCUACAUUGCCCUUCCUCCAGAAAAGGUUUAUGCGAUCCACUUCUUCCAGCAUUGGGUGCUCAAAUCACACCUUUGUCGUCUCCACCUGCAAACUCCCCUUCCAAACCAACCCCUGAAAAGACAGAAUCAAAAUCAGUCCCAUCAGUAGAAGCAAAUAAGCAGCAACUAAAAACUGAACCAAAUGAAAGCAUUCCGACAGUCUCUCAACCUCAGACAUGUAAUGUGAGCAGCUUCCUCAUCCAGCCCACAACCAAGCCUUACACGUGUGAUAUUAAAGGCUGCAUCUAUCAGAGUGUCACUAGCAUGGCUUUAAAACGUCAUUACCUGACCAAGCACAGUAUCUCCAAAGAAGAGGUGAAAGGGUUGGAGAAAUUUAAAGCUGAACUCAAGUUCAAGCCAUUCAAGUGCCACCUCUGUCCCAAGGGCUACAGAGAGAAGAAAGAGUUAAGAACUCAUUAUCUGCAGAUGCACAAUAUAAGUGAGGCAGUGGUGGAUCAAAUGAACUGCUCUGUAAAGAGAAGAGGUGAAAGUAUAGUCCAAGACUCCCCAACAUCCAAAGUCAGUCAAAAGCAGAACUCCCAAAAAGACACAGUAGAGGAAGACAAGACGGCUGAAGUACCUGUGUGGCGACCUCGUUUGCAAAGACAAAAAGGGUUAGUGUUAACAAAGCUUGAGUGUGAAAAUGAUUUCGCACCAGACGAGCAGAAGAGCAGUAACCUUUGCAAAGAUCUACCACCUUUGCAACAGGACCACAGUGAAGAUGAGGUCACAAAAGAGGGAAGAGGCAGCCGGCGUCUAGUAGCAAAAGGCAACCUCUGCUACAUCCUGACGAACUACCAUAAGCCCUUUCAUUGUGUGCAUAAAGACUGCAACUCUGCCUUCACCAACCAGAGUGGCCUGGUGCGCCACCUGCAGACUGUACACCAUUAUAACCGCUCGCAGCUGUGUCUGGAAGGGGAUCAAGAUGUGGAUCAAAGUGCUGGUGUGAAGAAGGAGCCGUCUAGACCACAUAGCUUCUCCUGCAAGUACAAUAACUGUGGGAAGCAUUUCCACAGCUCGACAAGUCUGUGGAGGCAUCAUCGACGGGAGCACUCUGCAAGCAGAAAGGUAUCCUCAGGGGUAUUGCCCACAUCAAGGCCUCUCAACAGGUUACAAAGAAGGGAAUCCGUGUCAGAAGAGCCCAUACCACGGUUCAAGUGCACAUAUGCCAACUGCAAUGCUAGUUAUCAUCUGAAUAGCAGCUUGUUGCGUCACACAAACCAUGAACACCGCAACCAAAAUUCUCUGAACCAGACUGCCCAGAAAAUGCCAUCGCCAUUAGUGCAUUGUAAGUUUGAGGGGUGUACUCGGGUUUUCUCCCAAAAUUCAAACUAUAAAAAACAUGUAUUCUACAGGCACUGUGAGUAUUACGACUCUGUAUUACAUCUUGAGAAUGCUAACAAAAAAGAUGAGGCAGCCAGUGGAUGCCAAAAGAAGUUGAUUACACUUUCCCCUAAACUACCUCUGCGACAUUCCUUGAGAUUCAGCCCAAAGUCCCAAGAAGCCAUCCAGUCGGAGGAAAGUACUGAGGACAGUUUGGAAGAAUCAAUAAAUGAAACCGUGAAAGAGGAGAACAGUACAUCAGAAAAUUCUCCCAGGAGACAACUAGUCUACCGCACUCAUGAGGAGGCUUUGCAAAUGUGCCAAGACCGCUGCAUACCUGUAGCCUAUCCCUGCCUGGUGCAGGACUGUAACUCUGUUGUCACAUUGUUAAGUAGCAUGCGCCGUCAUUAUUUGAAAAGCCACAAAAUGUCAGAAAAUCAGUUCAACUUGCAGAAGGACAAACUCGUCUUCAAUGCUGAACAACUAGAGGAGCUCAUACAAAAGAAAUCGGCAUUGGUCCUUCCAGAUAUAGUACGGUCCCCCACUGGAGUCCUUAAAAUGGAAUAUCAAGCAGAGCCUGGCAAUCCAGGAGGUCCAUCUCUUCCCAUGAGCCUUCACACCAUCAAAACGUUGCAACAGGAGGAGAGGGACAUAGUUGUAUUGUCAGACAAGCUGCCGUCUGACAGUAGUAUACUAGUUGAUGCAGAUAACUUGCUUUAUGGAGAGACUCCUGGACACACAGAGGCACUGCCCGAAGUUCAAAGCAGCCACAGUCAAGAGAGCAGCCUACCACAAUGUCCGAGCCCUCCUCUGGUGCAGGCUACACUCGUAGACCUCUCUCCACCACCCUCUCUCAGAAUCAGUGUUGAUGAAGGGUUUGACUCUCCAGGGAAUGAUAGUGGCAAAUCAGUUCAACUUCCUAUUACACCUGCACCUUCUGUAACUGUGCCUAUAACUCCACCGCGACAGCCUCUCAAAAGAAAAAACGAGCUCUCUGAAUCUCCACAACCUUUGGCUCCUUCCCUCAACUCAAAAGAUUUCUCAACUCUCAGCCCCUCCCAGCAGUCUUUUGAUUUGGCGACCUACAAGCCAAUAGGUUUUGAAUCCUCUUUCCUUAAAUUCAUUCAGGAAAGCAGGGAAAAAGAGGACAUUGAACCCAUCAUGUCUGAGCCAUUAAAACGGCGCAGGAACUGCUCUGUUAAAGAGAACAGUCAGAGGGGACUAAGGAUCACCCGCAGCAGACUGGGCAGGGUGUCACCAUUUAGGCCCUUAUUCUCAGACAGUGACUUUCAUUGUAUAGAAAACCUGCACUACAUCUUGGACCGUGCUCUGACUGGUUGUGGUGAUGAUCAGGCAAUCAAGCAGCUGCAGUACCUCAGACCUGUUGUGGUUCUAGAAAGGUCAACAUUGUCUUCUUCCUAGGUAGAUCUCUUGCCAUCUCAUAAUAAAUACAUAUUUUAUUAUAUUAGUUUAAAACAAUUUGAACUCUUCAUCUUUCAUAGUAAGGAACACUCAGAUUUUUUUUUCUACUGUAAUAUUUUGGUUCCAGUUAGUUGCCAAACUAUCAAUUGGAUGUACCUUAAUUGCUUUCAGAUGUGUGUGUGUGUGUGUGGAAGAAGAAUUCUAAUAAAGACUGCCAAAAAAGAAAGCAUAGAUGUAAUCUGAGUGAUGCAUACAGCAUUUAGACUCUGCCAGAUAAUUCAGAUUUUGUAUAACCCUACUUGGCAUUUUUAAAACCACAUGCCAUCUUGAGUGACAUUAAAAGGGUUCUUUAACCAUAUUUUUGAAAUAUGGCUGCAACAUUUCAUUGUGUAUUUUCAAGGAAUGUCCACAGUAUGCUUCAAAGUGUAAGCAACAGCCAGGCUCCAUAUAAUGCUCCACACAAUGCUGGUUUGGGUGUAAUGUAGUCUUUUUGCUCUCUUUUUCACACAUGACUGAUGUUUACUGCACAUGGAUUCAUCCUUGAUUGAGUAUUUGGGGUUGUGGCUGAAACAGCAUAUCACAUGUGGAGUGGAUGAUAAUCAUACAUGUCAGAAUAUAGUGUGCAUGGAGGUAAUGCAUUACUCAUUUUUUUUACAUAUCUGUUAGUAGUCCCAAGUGUAUAUGAGGGCUUUCUCAUAUCUCUGUAAAUAAUGUCUGAGGCAGUUGUUGAUUUUUGUAUAUUUCAGUAUUCUAAUAAACAGUUCUGUGAAAUUCUGCCAAA